GUUAGACAGUGUCGCGGCCGUGGUCACGUGACUCGUGGCCUCGGAGGUGCGUGCCUGCCUGCCGACGAUGGUUGCUCAGCGUGCUGCACGCAGACGUUGUCCCGACAAAACGCCUUUACAUUUGUAGUUUUGAAUAUUAAGAAAAGGCCCGGCAGCAAAUCAAACGCGCGUUUAGCUGCUAGCGUCCAAAAAUAUCCGCUGCGUUUUUGUAAAACGAGUUAGAUAUGACUUUUCUCUCAGGAUUACGAGCCGAUACGUGAUCUUAUAAGAAGUGAUUCCGGUUCAGUGGGGAGGUUUGAACUGCUCUCCGAAAAGUGACCAUUGUUGUAAUCAGGUCGAGGCUGUUAUCAUUUCCACUUGCCGACUUUGUUAGUUUUUUACGGAUUCACGGCGGAAAAAAGCAGUGCGAGCUUUUUGCAUUGUCAUGAAAGAAAUGUCAAGCACCAUGCCUGGUGGGCAGCAGCCUCAGAGACACUAUGGCAUCACCUCUGCUAUCAGCCUCGCACCCCCACGAGAAAUAGACCACCAGUACACCAAGAAGCUCUGUGAUGCUAUGAAGCCUUUUGGGGUGUUUGAAGAUGAAGAGGAGUUGAACCAUAGACUUGCUGUUCUUGGGAAGUUGAAUAACUUUGUUAAAGAGUGGAUUGCAGAGAUCAGUGAGUUAAAGAACCUCCCACCAUCAGCUAUAAGCUGUGUUGGGGGCAAGAUAUUUACAUUUGGGUCGUACCGACUUGGAGUGCACACAAAAGGUGCUGAUAUUGAUGCCUUAUGUGUGGCUCCACGCCAUGUAGAGAGAACUGACUUUUUCCAGUCUUUCUUUGAGAAAUUGAAACAGCACGAAGAGAUCAAAGACCUGAGGGCUGUCGAAGACGCUUUUGUGCCAGUGAUAAAAUUCAAAUUUGACGGAAUAGAGAUUGACCUGCUUUUUGCCAGACUGGCCUUACAGUCCAUCCCAGACAACCUGGACCUGAGGGGAGACUCCAUCCUGAGAAACUUGGACAUUCGAUGUAUCCGCAGCCUUAAUGGCUGUCGAGUGACAGAUGAAAUUUUAUACCUGGUGCCAAACAAAGAAAACUUCAGGCUGACAUUAAGAGCCAUCAAACUGUGGGCAAAACGACGUGGGAUCUACUCCAACAUGCUGGGGUUCCUGGGUGGAGUGUCAUGGGCCAUGCUGGUGGCCAGGACCUGCCAGCUCUACCCAAAUGCUGUGGCUGCUACGCUGGUCCACAAGUUCUUCCUGGUGUUUUCUAAAUGGGAGUGGCCAAAUCCUGUGCUUUUGAAACAGCCUGAGGACAGUAAUCUGAACCUACCUGUGUGGGAUCCUAGAGUCAACCCAUCUGACAGAUACCACCUGAUGCCCAUCAUCACGCCGGCCUACCCCCAGCAGAACUCCACAUACAAUGUCUCCACAUCAACACGAACCAUCAUGAGCGAAGAGUUCAAAUAUGGUCUCAGUGUCACAGAUGAGAUUCUUCAGGGAAAAGCAGAAUGGCCCAAACUCUUUGAGCCACCCAACUUUUUCCAAAAGUACAAGCAUUACAUCGUUCUGACUGCCAGUGCAUCCACAGAAGAAAACCACUUAGAAUGGAUCGGUCUGGUGGAGUCAAAAAUUCGAGUUCUGGUGGGAAACCUGGAGAGGAAUGAGUACAUCACCUUGGCUCAUGUCAACCCCCAGUCCUUCCCUGGCUCCAAAGAGAACCGCAGCGAGAACGACUUUGUGUCAAUGUGGUUUAUUGGGAUCAUCUUCAAGAAAGUGGAGAAUGCAGAAAGUGUGAACAUUGACCUCACAUACGACAUCCAGUCCUUCACAGACACUGUGUACAGACAAGCUAACAACAUCAACAUGCUGAAGGACGGAAUGAAGAUCGAAGCAACACAUGUGAAGAAAAAACAGCUGCAUCAGUACCUUCCUCCUGAACUAGUGCAGAAGAAGAAGAGGAGCAUAGCUGAGUUGAACCGUAGCUCUAACGGGGGGAGCUCCAAGAGGAUCUCUCUGGACAGCAGUCAUCUGGACAGCUCCAGAGACACAGACUCAGGGACUCCCUUUAGCUCCCCAGCCACCAAACCCUCUAAGCCUGUGUCCGACACUGAUGACAGCGUCAGCCCUCCCAAGCAGCUUUUUGUUGAGGGCUCUCCAGCACCCAGUGUGGCACCAGCUGCUCAAGACCAGGGCAUGUCCAUCCCUGUCAUUGGCGCAAAGCCUCCAAUAAAAACAAAGCCUCCUUCUCCACCAGCCAGCAGCUCCACCCCACCACUGCUGAGCGGGGACGUGAUGCCUAAUGCUGCCAGCAGCCCUAAAGAGGAGCCCAACGGUCUGGAGGACUCAGUCAAUGGAGCUCCUGCCAAGAGACCACACUCGCCUACAGAAGAGGACCUGACCAAGAGGCUCAAAGAAACAGAGGUGGUGCCCAAUGAUGACGCCACAUUUAAAGAGCCAUAUCCACCAUCUGACUUGAGCUCAGGAGAGGGACACAAUACUACCCCACUUUCUGGAUCAAAGGCUAAGCCCAUUCCAACCAUUGAUACCUCAAGAACACAGAGACUUCCCAGCAUGGAGCUGCCAGACGCCUCCUCGCCUCUCCCGGCCAGCAACAGCUGUCGUGUCGUGAAAAAUUCCAUCAAACUGGCCCUCAACCGCCACAACAUCACACCUCCCAAGCCCGCAGUGUUUGAGGGCACGCUCACCACUGACACUCCUGCUGCCAGUGAAGAAAAGGGCAUGUCUAUUCCUGUCAUUGGCUCAAAACAUGUGGCAGCCAAACAUGCGGUGCCCCCAGUGGGCAGCUCCAUCCCCACAUUAGUGAGCCGAGGACCUGACCCACUAAAUGGAGCACCCUCCAAGAGACCCCACUCCCCCUCUCUGGACGAGCAGGCCAAGAGGCUGAAGGAGACAGAGAAGGCCAGAAUCCACAUAGCUUGAACUCACAACUAUAGACUGGAUUCAUACACACAGAGGUGGGGCUUUGCAGUUAAGUCAAACACCGAGAAGUUGACUUCACACAGGGACAGGGAGUGUGUUCAGGUCAGUCCAGUGUGAAGCAGCAGGACGGACACCUCGCCUCAAAUCUUCAAAGAUUAUAGAUUUGCCAGUGGAUAGGUGAUUUGGUCAAACCAGAUGUUGUCAGCUUCCUCUGUUAACGCUCACAGCUGGAGGGCAUUUAACACAGCAGCCACAGAGAUAUCUGACACGAGAACUAAAGCGACAGUUUUUUACUUGUCUUCUCCCUCAAUGUUUAAACGUGUCCACAGUACAGAAGGAAAAAUGUGCUGUUUUUUUCUUUUCAUUUUCCUUUUUUGUUCCAGUCAACAUGUUUUAAAGCCCAGAACAUUUAUCGACGCCUGCUACACACACUUUGGGUGUAUGCCGAUUUAUUUUCUUUUUUUUUCCUUCUUCUUUUCUUUUCCCAAACAGAAACCUGUACAGUAAAUGUUGAUGUACAUAACUUUUUUGUCUUAAAAAAAGCAAAAGAUCACUGUUAAGUCUUUUGACCAUUCUAUUGUAGUUUUAUCUAAAAAGAAAAAAAAAGUUUAAAAAAUUGUAAUUUUUUGUUUUUUCUCUAUUGCUUGUCCAAAAAAAAUUGUCUCCAGCCCUGGAUAUUUUUUUGUAAACACUGUAUAGGUUUGGAUACAGUUGCAGGGAGGCUUUAUUGAGGGUUUGCUUGGAUGUAACAGAAAUGACAACCACGACUCUUUGGACCACCACGACCACCCGAGGAGGGGCUCCAGGUUAGUAUUGGACUUGCAGUGUGUAGGUGAUCAUAGACGCCCAGUGACAUCAGUGCUUCUCAGGUGCCGGUAAGAGCAAAAAUAAUCAUCCUUUACGACAACGGGAAACUUUAUGCAUUUUCUGGAAUUUAUGAAAAUUGCUCUGAAGCAUUUAAUGUUAAGCUCUUACGUGGAUUAGCACAGAACAUCGGGAGACACAUAUCAAAACAUGCUUCGCUAAUCCUUCUGUCCGGUGUAGCUUCACACCUGUUGUUUGUCUUGGAUUAAAAGAAAAGGUUGACAAGUUUUCUUACUCUUCAUGGCGUGGUUGACCGUUAAAAAGUGAGUGCCAGACAGUUUAGACAGUCAGAAGAAUGUGUGUGAAUAUCUGUUUUGUGUACGUACCUGUGAUUCAAAGACUUUCGGACAUUAAAUGAACCCUCUCGUCCAUCAGGAGGACUGAACAACAAAAAACAAAAACGGCUAGGGAUACUGCUUGACCCCCACCCCCACCCACCCACCAGUUCACUGUGGUCUGUUUUGUUAGAGAGGCUCCUUCCCGAUGAAGCCAGCUCCUGGAUGUUUCUGUGUCCAUGCUCAUGAAAGGGUUUGUGGUGCUUGGUGAAAAAAUGGUUCGAAGCUUUUUGAUGAGAGGUGUGAGACUGUGUGAGUGUGUGUGAGACUGUGUCUGUGUGAGAGACUGUGUGUGAGCAUGCAUAGAUGGUUGUGUUCAUGUGGCGGAGAGAGACAGAAUUCCCUUCAUUUUGGGUGUUAACCCUCAGCGCCUCCUGUGGAGGUUCUUAAAAGGCAUCUCCUGGGGCCACAGGUGGGGGGUCAGGAGACAACUUUUUUUUCCCGCCUCGGGCCCCAACCCUCAAUCUUUAUGGUCUGAAGCCGGGUGACUUUGUGUUUGAUUUCAGCACAGAAGAUACUAUAUGUACACAACAAAGUAUAAAGUGAUAGUGAGGAGGCGUCUCUGGAGCAGGUAGAGAGUUGGGACACAGGCUCUUUUCCAGCAUCAGUUUCCCCAGCUAAAUGUACAGAGAACAGUUUUUUCAAAAGGCAUAUUCGUCAUUAUUGGGGGUUUUCUUAUCACUUUAUUUAUAUUUGCAUAUUUGUACCAUGUGAUCUUUUUUUUAAUAGCAUUCAUAGCAGGUAGGUCUCUUUUGAAUGAAAUCUGCACCACUCUGUUUCAGACAACUCAUGUUUUGCUGUUUGGAAACAUUUAACAAAACAGGUCAUUUAGAUGUUGGUUUCUAAAUUGUAUUGAAAGGGUAUUUUUGUAUGUGUUUAUCACUUCCUUUAAAUGAAUCUGUACACCCAUUAAACCCCUAAAAACUA